GUGCGGCAUGCCUGGCAGGUCAUUGGAUUCAUCGACAGCCACAAACUUCGCGAAGUCGUCAGCCAUAUCAGCACCGGCGGAGUCGCGGCAGGUGGCGGCUAUGUUGACAGCAUUCCGAUGCUGAGCGACUUGAGCGACAGCGAAGAACAGCGCGAGUUUGUGUGCACAUUUGUCAUUGACCAUCCUGUCGCACAUGUUUGCGCUGGCGCCGUCAUCAGGGAUCCAGUCGUACGCUGCAUAUGCGAUCCAAGAGCUGCUGCGAAAAGUUGAAUUCACAAAUGACGUUCUCUUUCGACAGCCAAGGGCGACCCAGCCCAGUCACAGUCCACAAAGCCUGGGAAACAAGAGGAAGACCCGUGGCAGCAAGUCCCAGCGAUCAGGAACAAAAGCACAAGAUCACGCCAAGAUAGACAAGAUCCGCCAGCGCUGGGAGCUCUUACCGCCGCAUGUUGUCGAGAUCAUCAUGCCGCUGCUUGACUCAAAGUACACGUCGCAGUCAUCGUCGCGUUUGCCAUCGGCGGCUGACCUGCAGCAUGCACAGACGCUUUGUAUUGUGCGGACGUCUAGCCAGGUCUCGUGGCUGCGUAGCUGGGUCAUUGAGCUUAUUGGCCAGCUUGGCGAUAGUCCGGUUGCAUCGCUGUUCAAGGCUUGCACCAGUGCGAUCAAGGAAGGGUCGACAGAUAUGCUGCUUUUUCUUUUGCCGCAGCUCAUCUAUCAGCACUGCCUGCUGUCGCUGCAGGACAGCACCAAGCCAAAUAGCCCAGAAGAGGUUAUCACAGUGGGCUCGGACGAUCCAGCAUCAGAGGAUGUCGACAUGGAGAGCGGUAGUAGCGCAACAUGGCCAAGGACACUUGGGCUGAUAUCGAAAGAGAUCCAGGCGGUGCUGUCAUGCGAUGCGGAAGUAGUCAGGAUGCCAGCUGAGCAGUGGCGACUCUGCAAGGAGGCAGCGCUGGAUCUGCUUGACUCUCUGAACCGAUUCUUGCGCACACAGCAAAGUGCCCGCGCAGCCAGCAAGCGGCCUACCCGGAAAAGCAUCAAGGAUGUGCCUCUGCCGCCUGACGAGCAGACGCUGGCAGCGCUUGUCGCAUCGAUCCCACACUCGCUGAUUGCAGCAGCCGCCAGUGCCUGCCGCCAGUACGAGCGCGCCAUCCAGCACACCGAGCUGUCCCUGCGCGAGGGCACAUUCGGCAAGUACCCGACGCUGUUCCGCAACACUGACGACUCGGCGGUAGCAGCGAUUCAGGAGCUCUACUUUAACAUGGGCGAUGCUGACGGCGUCACUGGCGCGGCCGCAUGUCGGAAGCAGACAGACCACAAAUCGGCCAUUCUCAAGUACGAGAUCGAGGGGGAUUGGUCGCACGCGCUGAUCGGCCACGAGUCGCUUCUGCGGUCGCAGCCCGAUAACACCGAGUUCCAGAUGGCCUGGAUCCGGUGCCUGCAGAGCAUGGGCCAGUGGGAAGGCGCGUGGGCAGCUUCCCACGAGCUGUACAAAAUGGAGCCCAGUGGUCGUGAAGACAAGCAGCUGAACUCGGCGUGCCUGGCAGCGGCCUGGCGACUAGGAAAAUGGGACUGGGUUGAGGACAAGGUUACGACACGCGACCAGGGUUCAUUCAAGUACGAUUCCGCAGCAACAUUCGACACCACGCUCAGCGCACUGCUGGCCCGGGUGUACCACCAGCGCAGCGAUUUAUGCAAGCUGGCACUCCCGCUGUCGCUGGCGGUCUGUGCGCCGGAUCAAGGCGGAUCAAGUCAUAGGCCAACCGCACUUGACUUGGCCAGUCGCACUCUGGUAAAUGUCGGGCGCGAUAUUGCUGAAACCGUAGUCUCGUUCAACUCGCCAUCGACUGGCACGCAGGCGCCGAUGGACACCAACAUAUCGCCUGACCUGAUCUACACACACAUGCUCGGCGAUAUCGGCUUGCUGGCACAGCGCUUGAACUGUGCGGCGCCAGGCGAGAAUGGAAUCUCAGCCAGCGCGCUGAACAGCCUGGUUGAGCAGUGGCGAGCACGCAUCGCAUGCUUGCCGCCUGUCUACUCGAUCCAGGAGCCGGUGCUAGCGCUGCACAGUUCGCUCUACAACAUGCUGCUUGAUGGACUUGGCAGUAGUGGGGCUGAACCAGAUACUCAUCAAGCAGCAGCAGUGUCAGAGAUACUAACUAGACACAAUGUGCUGUCCCAUCUGCAAGCAGCACAGCUGGCGCGCAUGGCCGGAUUCAGAGCCACUGCGAUGGGUAUUCUGAUACACGCCGAGCUCAGUGGCCCGCUCUCCACGAGUCUGCUGGCGUCGCUGCAGACAGAGCAUGCGCAGAUUUUGUGGGAUGAAGGACACACGGCAGAUGCUAUGGCGGAUAUUGGACGCACAGUCGACAUGCUAGCGGACAAGCUGAAUGUCAAGGGCGACAGCGACCAGGCAGUUCAGUCGACGUAUACCGCCGGCGUCAAUGUAUCGAGCAGCGACAGCGCUGAUCACAACCAGCAGUCGCAGGAUCUGGACGGCAUAAAGGCAGCGUAUACCAAGGCCUCACUGCUGCUGUCGCAAUGGCAGUACGUGACACACUCAAUCAACCCGACGAAGCUUAUUUCGCACUACCAGAGCAUCCUGCGUGUUCAGGAGAGCGACAAAGCGCACUAUGCGCUGGGCCGCAUGUACGAUACCCUGUUUACCUCUAUCACCGAGAGAGAGGCGUCGCGAGGCGUGAAGAACCAGGACCACCGGGACUUCCAGAUCACCACGAUGCAGUUUUACGUGAUCAGGCACUACUCGCGCACAAUCAUCUAUAGCUCGCGGUUCUUGUUCCAGGCGCUGCCACGGCUGCUCACCAUCUGGCUUGACGCCGGCGUGUUCGUUAUGAGGUUCGCUGACACCAGGCAGAGCCGGGUCGUCGAGCGCUUCAACACCGCGAACCGGGUGGUCAGCAAUAUGGUGAAGCGGCUGCCAACCUACAACUUCCUCAUUGCUCUGUCAGCAGCUCGUCUCGCGCAUCUGCCAUCCGAAACGAGGAUGUCUUUGCAGGUUCUGGAGCACAUCAUUCUGAGUGUGCUGGAGAUGUACCCGCAGCAGACACUAUGGCAGCUGGUCGGCGUGCAGCGGUCAACGUAUGCAGGCGCGUGCUGAGCGAUGCAACGCGAUUUUGGCCAAGGCUAGGGUAUCUCAUGCGGCUAAUGUAGGGCCACCGGUGGGUCCGUGGGCGCAACCG